CAAAAAGAAACAGCACGUGAAGUUUGCGUCAGGAGCAGGUUGCGCUGAGGGCUCCACGCUCUGGGAUGAAGAACAGCAGACUCCGCUGCAGGCCUGUAAUCCUCGUCGUCCGGUUGAGAUGGAUUUCGUGCUGAGCGGCGUGGCGGCGUGCGGAGCGUGUCUGUUCACCAACCCGCUGGAGGUGGUGAAAACUCGGAUGCAGCUGCAGGGAGAGCUGAGGAGUCGCGGCUCCUACCAGGUUUACUACCGCAACGUCUUUCACGCCUUUUACACCAUCGGCAAAGUGGACGGACUGGCCGGCUUGCAGAAAGGACUCGUACCGGGACUUCUCUAUCAGUUUUUUAUGAAUGGAGUCAGACUGGGUUCUUACGCCAUCAUCGAGUCGUCCGGUUACAUCCACACGGACGGACGAGUGAACGCCGUCAAGUCCACGUUAGCGGGCGCCGCGGCGGGAGUGGUGGGAGCGGUGAUGGGCAGCCCCAUUUAUCUGGUGAAGACUCAGCUGCAGAGUCAGGCCACCUCCUCCAUUGCAGUUGGACAUCAGUAUCAACACCAGGGGAUGAUGCAUGCUCUGGCAGCCACCUACAGAGAACAUGGCAUUGUGGGACUUUGGAGGGGCUCCAGUGCAGCUGUACCGAGGGUCAGCGUGGGUUCAGCAGCACAGCUGUCCACCUUCUCCACCUCCAAAGAAUUUGUGAAUGACCUACAGGUUUUCCCAAAGGGCAGCUGGUUGGUGGGUCUCACUGCUGGCAUGAUCAGCAGUGUGGUGGUGGUUUUGGCCAUGACACCAUUUGAUGUGGUGAGCACGCGGCUCUACAACCAACCUGUGGAUAAUCUGGGCAAGGGCCAACUUUAUACGGGAUUUGCCAACUGCUUUUCUAAGACCUUCAGGAAGGAGGGUCUGCUGGGACUCUACAAGGGAUUGGGAGCAUCUUACUUCCGACUUGGUCCACACACCAUUCUGUCUUUGUUCUUCUGGGAGGAACUGCGCAAAUUCUACCAGCAGUUCAGAUGACACCGGGGCAGUGAAAAGGCAAAGAUAGGUAACUUAUUAAGCACCAAGUGCAUAGGUUAAGUGAGUCUUUAUUUAAUGGAAAA